AUGCCGACUUGGCAGGAACUCCAACGUUAUAUCACAGAUCCUGAGAUUCUGACAUCGGAAAUCUUGUUCUUGACUUUGACCUUGUCAAACAUUUUUGUAGUGUAUCGCCUCUUCCUCGAUGUGGUCCCCUUUCCGGUCUUUGUCACCUGGUGGCAGCUGGCCCAGGGCCUGUUGAUGGCUUGGUGCCUUGGCGAGGUUGGAAAGGAAUACCCCAAGCUGGCAUACUUCCCAAGAGUUGAAAUCGACAAGAGACUCCUCAGACGACUGUUUGUGCCUACAAUUGUCAACGCUCUCAUGUUGGUCCUCGCGAACGUCCUACUCUAUCGCGUGCAAUGCAUUGCAACUCUCCCUGUGGUCGUUGCCUUUGCCGUUGUGCUUCAUCACAUCACCCGAUUCGUGGGCUGCGGAGAAGAGUACAUGCCAAUGCGUUGGCAAGCCAUUGGCCUGCUGUUCACAGCCUUUCUUCUGGGUAUCACUGACUCGAAAACUGUCGGCUCAGACGUGCUGCCUUGGGCUCUGCUGUACGCGAUCUUCUCCGCCGCUUUCCGCGCUGCUUUUUUGCAGAAAGUUAUGCACGAAGUUGAAGGCAAAGGAAACCUCCUGCACAACCACCAGCAUCUCAUCUCCGUCGUCAUUCUCCCGGUGUUGAUGCUCAUCUGCGGCGAGGGUUCAGUGCUAAGUGCUAUGCCAAUGAAUUUCGAGUCGCUCUACACAUGGCAAACUUGGGGAUGCCUCUUUACUGUCGGUGCUCUGCCCUUCCUGAAGAACAUCGUCUCGAAUCGCCUUAUCCGCAGAACAGGUCAAGGCCCAUGGCGUUUUCUUGAGGUUCUGUCCAUUCUCUUUGUGUUCAUCAUCGGCGUCACAUUCGGCACCCCUGGGUGGCAGGGAUACAUCGCAAUCGUGUUAGUUAUUGCAGGUCGUGCUCUCGGAGCGUGCGAUGUCCUCCUCAACGCCGCAGAAGCUGAACAAAACGAAAUGAGAGGUGGCAAUCCGGGCCGCCCAGCAGACGCUGAGGGCGGCGAGCUAGAACGCGGCUCUGGUUCCAAGCAGUAUCUGCAGUCCAUCGAAGAAGACAGCGGCGAAGCCUAUGGGGAACUUCCUGAGGGCGAAGAGCAUGAAAUGUAA